CAAUUGCAUUAAUCAGCUGACGCUUUGCUCUUGUUUUUGUUGUGUGGCUUCCUUGAGGCGCAGUUUUGUUUUUUUUUGAUAAUUACUCAUAGCCUACGAAAUACAGAUAAGUCGGAAAAAUGGCUCUGGUGGAUCACGACUCCUGGGACAUUGAGUACGAGGGCUGCGAGCGACUGCGCCACCAGCUGCUAGUCCACCUUAAUCAGCGCCAGCAGAUCAGUCCAAAGGCGAGCCAAUACGUCCAAUUGACGGGCAGCAUUCAGGCGGGAUUGGAGCAGCUGGCCAAGGAUGUGAAGCACCUGAAGGUUGUCCUGGACAACGCCGUCACCUGGGAAACGAGUCCGGAGGAGGAGCUGCAGCAGAGGCGCAUCGACUGGGAGCGACUCACCUCGCAGCUCCGCGAAAUCCGCGAGAAGUUCGCCAAUAGCACGCGCUCCAAUGUCCUGGCCGCCGCCUCCUCAUCCGCCUCCGCUUGGCAGGAUCAGGAUCUCGCCGCGGGUCAAGGCAGGACCGCCUUGGAUGUGGAGACCCUGAAGCAGCGAAAGAUCGAAAUGCUGGAGCAGCAGAACCAAGGACUCGAGGUUCUAUCGGCUACCCUUUCCAGGCAGCGGCAAUUGGCCACCCAGCUGGGCAACGAAGUGGAGGACCAGAACAACAUCCUGGACAAUCUGGCCAAUGCCAUGGACCGCGUGGAGUCGGGCGUGCAGCGGGAAACGCAGAGCAUUGGACAGGUGAACCGGCGGGACAGCACCUGGGGCUACUGGCUUAUCAUCAUCGCCUUGUUCGUGGCCAUUAUCGUUGUGGUGGUAGUUUAGUUUAUAUUAUUAUGACCCAUCGUUAACCCAAAGUUUGAUUAUUUAUGUAUACACCAAAACCAAUUAAAAUAGGAUUUCUAAGUAUCGGAUCGUUGCCCUCAACAGGUUUA